GGAGAACGGCAACGGCUUCGACGUCAAACAAACACCAUUGUUUACUAAACUCUCGAUAGGUCGCCUCGCCAGAGUUGGACGCUCAUUAGCUCUUCGGGCGCCUGCGAAACCAAGAGCCGAGACAGUCCUCGAGUUUCAGACGCAGCGAGUGCGGUGAGCUCCUUUCGGUGCUUUGCGGUGAUGUGAUUGGUUAUCGUGUGAUUUUGGAUAAAACUCGCCGAGAUGCAGCUCCCGUCAGGAUUCAAGGACACGAUGGGUUGGGUUCAAACAGAGCAGCCGAUUAUUUGGAGUAACGUAUUUUUCAUCACGGCCUUUCACAUUAUCGGACUUCACUUAUUUAUUUUUCAUUGCAUGAAGGCCAAACUACUCACAUGGGCAUGGAAUUUUCUGAUGGGCGGAAUCGGUGGUUUUGGAGUUACUGCAGGUGCACACAGGCUAUGGGCCCACCGGUCGUAUAAAGCGAAACUACCUCUGAAAAUCAUUCUCAUUCUAUGUUACUCGGUCGCCGGACAGAACACGAUAUUCGACUGGGUGCGAGACCACCGGAUCCACCACAAGUUCAGUGAAACAGCGGCCGACCCGCACGACUCGAAUCGCGGGUUCUUCUUCGCCCACGUCGGGUGGCUCAUGCAGCGGAAGCGGCCCGAGGUCCUCGAGAAGGGGCGCAAGAUCGACAUGAGCGACAUCACCUCCGACCCGUGGAUCUCCUUCCACCACCGGCACUUCACCCUCUUCAAGAUCGUCUUCUGCUUCAUCAUCCCCUCCGUCGUGCCGUGGCUUGCAUGGGGAGAGCCCCUCUGGCUCGCCGCCGGUGCCAACAUCUUCGUCCGCUAUGUCCUGAACCUCAACUUCACCUGGUUCGUCAACAGUGCAGCGCAUAUUUGGGGAUAUAAGCCCUUUGACGCGCGAAUCAACCCCCGCGAGAAUCUCGGCGUGUCGAUCGUGGCCAUGGGCGAAGGCUGGCAUAACUACCACCACACGUUCCCGUGGGACUACAAGGCAGCUGAGCUGGGCAACUACAAGGUGAACAUCACGACCAUGUGGCUGGACUUCUUCGCCAAGAUCGGCUGGGCCUACGACAUGAAGACUGCAUCGCCUGGACUCAUCAAACAGACGGCCAUGAAGCACGGGGAUGGCACUCACCCGGUAGAGGUUCCCUUCGAGGAGAACGCCAACUACAUCAAACCUAACCUUAAAUCUCAAUAAGGGCGAUCGCUCUCUGAGAGAUUAAAAUAGGAGUAUUGCGGCUGCGAAUAACUGACGGGUUGAUAGAGACGCAGGAGUGGUUUUAUUGUUGCAUGUGAUCGAGUCUCAUUACACUGCUAUGGAAA